AGCCAACCGCCAUUUAAAACCCAGACAAGUACGGAUGUAAACAUGACCAAGAACCAUUUUGUCGUUAGGGUUUUUAUUUAGACAUUAACACGAUGGAAUUCAAAAUAUUACUAAUUUAACUGCUCAGAAUCACAUACUUACGCAAGUUAGUAUUUCAUUCGCGUUGGAGACAGGACUUGGUUGAUAAAAGCUGGCGUUACAUGGAUAACAUCUAACGUUAGCAAACAAUGGCCAUGGUUUUUCACACUGAAAUCGCCUCCAUUAUGGAGGUGCUAGCGAAUGCAGCCGUGGCAGAAGUCUGUAAACUCGUAGACGACGACUAUGCAGUGUUUCGUUUGGAAAUAACUCAAAGCCAGAAAGAAAACAGGGCAUUGCGGAGGAAACUACAGCUAGUGGAACUGAAGGUGGCACGGGAGCGCGCAGAGAGGACAACGCGAGAGCGCGCACUCUCCAAACGUCCCUGUAGUGUCAAGAUGAUCGACGGAUACAGAGGAAUGGAAAGAGGUGAAGGACAUCUCACUGGAGGCCACAGGAGCUUUGUGAAGCCAGCGGGACACAAUACAUGGAGAGAUGACCAACCAAUCACUGUUGAUGAGGGAGUGGAACCUCAACCCAGCACGUUAUCGUGAUAGAGGAUGCAGAUGCAGAGGCUGCAGGUCCUAGAGGAUCGUCCCUGGUCAAGCAGGAGAGGACUGAAGAAGAGGACACACAACACAACAUCAUGGAGUCAGUAGACAUGGAGGAUGGGAAGCCUGAUCUGCUGCUGGUCAAAGAGGAGACGAUAGAAGACGAACAAGAGGGCAUUAACCUGUUGAGUGGACUAAAGAUGGGGGAGCAAGGUGGUUGGCUGGAGGCUAACAGAGGAGACUGGGCUGCCAUCUUGGAUUCCCAGACCCAGACAAGUGCAGUCAAUGGCCCGGGGGACGACAUCACUGAGCAGGCCAGGACUAGAGGCGACAAUGUGGAGGUCAGUGGAUGGGACAGUGUCUUCAACACUGGGCUGGGGAACAACAGUGUUAACCACAACCAGAAACAGACUGUCGAACACAAAACAACAACCGAAUUUAGUCUCCGUGACAACAGACUGGCUGAGACCAGGGCGAGUAGUAGAUUUUGUCUGCGGGGACAGGGAGGUGUUGGUAUGCAGCUGGAGAGAACAGACACUGACACUGCUAGCGAUGCUCCGUCUUGCUCCUAUAGUUGUGAUUCAGAGAGACUGAUGGCACCUCAGGUUAACCCCCUAACAGGUGCUGCCUUCAGCCUGCCUUCUAUAGGAUCUAUCAACUGGAACAUGGAUCCUGAGACAACACAGACACUCCCUGGCCUUCAUCCUCCUCACACUCUCCUUAUGUUAAACCAGACCUCAGACAAUGCCAGUGCCUCAACCUUAAAUGGCUGCACAAGCCCAUUGACAAAUGACAGUAUUAGAGAUGGAAUCAGUAAAGGUGGCAGCGCCAAAGAGAAGCGCUUUCCGUGUUCAUUUUGUGGGAAAGCCUUCCGUUUGCCCAAACAGGUGGAGAUCCACCAGAGGAUGCACACAGGGGAGAAACCUUUCGGCUGCCACCUGUGCCGGGCCAGUUUUUCAGACUCGUCCAACCUGAAGAGGCACCAGAGAGUCCACACAGGGGAGAAACCCUACAGCUGCCCCCAGUGUGAGAAGAGGUUCUCCCGCCAGCACCAUAUGAAGAUGCACCUGAAGGUCCAUACAGGAGAGAGGCCGUUUGCCUGUACUCACUGUGGGAAGAGGUUCUCAGAGAGGAGCUACCUCAGGGUACACCAACAGAAAAUGCACACGGCCCAUGUAUAGUAAUAUGUAAUGUUGUACUACUACUUAGUACUAAUUCUGUUGGUUUUGGAUAUAGUAGGGAAGUGGAUGAGGUGAACUGAACUGAAUAAAUAAUGAGUAUGAUGAGACAUAGAUCAGGGGUUAGCAACAGGAUUUGGGGGAUUUGUUUUUGGUUAAAAACAAAAAAAGACCAGGAAUUCAGCUGAAAGUUUUCCCACAAAUAAAUAAAUAAAAAGUAUCUCAAUGUUA